AUGUCCUUCUUUUUUUCUUCUUUCUUUUUUCUCCCUUCCUUUCUUUCUUUGAUCUAUCUAUCUAUCUAUCUAUCUAUCUAUCUAUCUAUCUCAGCCUGUUCAAAUCUAUCUAUCUAUCUAUCUAUCUAUCUCAGCCUGUUCAAAUCUAUCUAUCUAUCUAUCUCAGCCUGUUCAAAUCUAUCUAUCUAUCUAUCUAUCUAUCUAUCUAUCUAUCUAUCUAUCUAUCUAUCUAUCUAUCUCAGUCUGUUCAUAUCUAUCUAUCUCAGUCUGUUCAUAUCUAUCUAUCUAUCUAUCUAUCUAUCUAUCUAUCUAUCUCGGUCGGUUAAUAUCUAUCUAUCUAUCUAUCCUAGUCUUCUGUUCAUGAUCUAUCUAUCUAUCUAUCUAUCUAUCUAUCUAUCUAUCUAUCUAUCUAUCUAUCUGGUGAAUUCGUUACGUCGGACUUUCCGUUAUCGUCCUGAUACUAUCUAUCUAUCUAUCUAUCUAUCUCAGUCUCUUCUUAUCUAUCUAUCUAUCUAUCUAUCUAUCUCAGUCUCGUCAUAUCUAUCUUUCUUUCUAUCUAUCUAUCUCAGUCUCGUUUUAUCUAUCUAUCUCAGUCUCUUCUUAUCUAUCUAUCUAUCUAUCUAUCUAUCUAUCUAUCUAUCGCAGUCUCGUCAUCUAUCUAUCUAUCUAUCUAUCUAUCUAUCUAAAUCUGUGCACAGCUUGCGCUGUGAACAUGAUUAUGCAAAAAUACUGCUUUUUACAUCUAUAUUUUUUCAAAAAUGA